AUGUUGUCAUACUCAUUUCUCAUCGUCUUCUUUCUCUCAUUUUGUUUAGCUGAUGAACCAGAUACAUCUCAACCUGAGAGAGAUCCCAAAUCAGCCCCAGGAUUCUCAGGUACUUACGAGAUUCCAGGAUCUCCAAAGUACGCUUACCAAGAAGCCCUUCACAAAUCUUUCCUUUUCUAUCAUGCACAAAGAUCUGGAAAGAUAGAUGAACAUCGAUUAGCUUGGAGAACAGAUUCUUGUUUAAGUUGUAAAGGAAAAUAUGGAGAAGAUUUAAGUGGAGGUUGGUAUGAAGCUGCAAACUCGAUGAAAUGGACUCAACCUUUUUCUUGGACUGUCACUCAACUGGCUUACAACGUCUAUCAAUUUGGGAAUGCGAUGGAAACGGUCAAUGAGAUGGCAGAAGCAAUGAAGGUCGUACGAUGGGGAGCCGACUACUUGAUGAAUGCUCAUCCAGCGCCGAAUGUGCUUGUCGGAUUGUUUGGUCUUGAUGCGGACGAAGUGGGAGAUGUUGACUUUAUGUACUUUGGUCCACCUGAGGAGUAUGAGAAAUGGGCACCAAGAGGGGUACAAAAGGAAGCUUAUUACGUCGAUGAAUCACGCCCAGCAUCUGAGAUGGCUGGUCAAGCUGCCGCUGCUUUAGCAGCAACCUCUGUGAUCUUUCGACAAUCUGAUCCAGCAUACGCUGAUCUCGCUUUGAAACACGCUAUGGAACUUUUCAACUUUGCUGAUAAAUUUCGAGGAAGCUUUAUGGAUAUAGAUGAACUUCCAUUCAGAAGAACAAAGAAAUGGUAUCCAUCUACUAAAUAUACUGACGAGAUAGCUUGGGCUGCAACUUGGCUUUUUGCUGCUACUGGCGACGUUGCAUAUUUUCAAUCUGCCAAGGAUAAUAUCCGUGGAGGUGCCUCGGAGUACUCUUGGGAUGAUUGUGAGGCUGCAGCCACAGUUCUACUAUACCAAUUGACUGGUCAACAGGAAUUCCUCCUCAAGGCAAACGACUUCUUCACUCAAUUCUUGUCCGGUGGAUCUACUAAGAUGACCGCUAAAGGUCUCUCUUACAAGGAGAGCUGGGGUGUGUUAAGAUACGCUUCGAAUCAUGCUUUUCUCGCCCUCGCUCAUGCGGCUUCGGUGGAGAGAUACACUGAUGGUCAAACAGAACAAGGAAAAGCUCUCGUUCAAACCCUUCGUACAUUUGCCACUCAGCAAAUCAACUAUAUGUUGGGAGAUACUGGGAUAUCCUUUGUGGUUGGAUUUGGCAAAUCGGUCACCAAACCAUAUCAUAAAAGCUCUUAUAACUCUUUUAUUGAUUAUCCUAUGCGUGGACUUCAAUCUGAGGUUCAACAAUCUGACUUUGAGUCGGACACACCACAACGCUUCAUUCUAUAUGGCGGCCUGGUUGGUGGACCUGAUAUCAAUGAUCAAUAUAAAGACACACGAAAAGAUUAUACUUAUUCCGAAGUGACUCAGGAUUACAAUGCUGGAUUCACAGGUGUCCUAGCGGGAAUGCUCGAGUUUUAUAUCGCACGUGGAGCUUCUUUCGUUCCUUUCAAUGAUGGAAAACUCGAUUUAGGAUGGUCACAUCCUAAUGCAGUUCAAGCAUUAAAGCCAAAUUACCCGGCCAAUGAUUGUUACCAUCUUGAUGUACCAUGUCAAAAGAAAUAA